GGUGUUUAGACUAACGUUUCUUUCUUUCGUUUUAGUUUUUCCUGUUUUAAAAUGGCUGAUUCUGAAAACGAAAACUCCAAUGAUGAAGCAGCAAGCAGUAGAGCAUCAAGCCCAGCACAAAGUCCUGGCAGCAACAGAAGUGGUAGUCCUGCAGGGAGCCACAGGAGUGUCAGCCCUGCAGGCAGCAAUAGGAGCGCAAGUCCUGCAGGCAGCCAGGGAAGUGGUAGUCCUGCAGGGAGCCACAGGAGUGCCAGUCCUGCAGGCAGUCAGAGAAGUGGAAGCCCAGCAGACAGUGACAGAAGCCCAAUAGGAAGUCCAGUGGGGAGUCACAGGAGUAGGAGUGGCAGUCCAGCAGGUAGUGCACCUGGUAGUGCACCGGGCAGUCCAGCAGGUAGUCACAGAAGUAGGAGUGGCAGUCCAGCAGGUAGUGCACCUGGUAGUCCAGCAGGUAGUGCACCUGGUAGUCCAGCGGAUAGUGCACCAGCCAGUCCAGCAGAUAGUGCACCGGCCAGUCCAGCAGGAAGUGCACCAGGCAGUCCAGCAGGUAGCCACAGAUCAGGAAGUCCUGCUGAAAGCCAUAGGAGUGAAAGUCCAGCAGGUAGCCACAGGAGUGGUAGCCCUGCAGGUAGCCACAGGAGUGGUAGCCCUGCAGGUAGCCACAGGAGUGGUAGCCCUGCAGGUAGCCACAGGAGUGGUAGCCCAGCAGGUAGCCACAGGAGUGGUAGCCCUGCAGGUAGCCACAGGAGUGGUAGCCCUGCAGGUAGCCACAGGAGUGCAAGCCCUGCAGGUAGCCACAGGAGUGCAAGCCCUGCAGGUAGCCACAGGAGUGCAAGCCCUGCAGGUAGCCACAGGAGUGGUAGCCCUGUGGGUAGCCACAGGAGUGGUAGCCCUGCGGGUAGCCACAGGAGUGGUAGCCCUGCAGGUAGCCACAGGAGUGGUAGCCCUGCAGGUAGCCACAGGAGUGGUAGCCCUGCAGGUAGCCACAGGAGUGGUAGCCCUGCAGGUAGCCACAGGAGUGCAAGCCCUGCAGGUAGCCACAGGAGUGCAAGCCCUGCAGGUAGUGCAAGAAGUGGGAGUGCUAGUCCCGCCAGAAGUCAGAAGAGUGGAAGCCAUAAAAGUGGAUCUGCCCACAGCAGUAGAGCAGGUAGCCGAGCCAGUAGUGUUGUCAGCCAGGCCUCAUCAACUAGGCGAAGGAAAGCUUCUGGCUCUGAUUCUGAUUCUGGCAGUGAUGUUCCACACAAGAAAUCUCGCAGGCAAAUUGGCAGCGAUGAUGAAGAUGAUGAUGCACAUGAUAAUGAUGGUUUGGAUGAGAUAGACCAAGCAGAAAGAGAUGCGCUACUCAAAGAAGCUGACAUGGAUCUGACUGACCUGAAUGCCAUGGAGCUGUUUGGAGAUGCUGGAGACAUCAGCUCUGAUGAGGAGGAUAAAGAAAAGAGAAGGGAAGAUGGGGAUGAGGUGGUCAGAAGGGGUGUUAUUGAUGACGAUGAUGAGAAUAAAGAGGAGGAACCACCAGAAAACCGUAUAGAAGUGGAGAUCCCUCGUAUAGUGACAGAUCUGGGGUCAGCCCUGCAUUACGUCAAACUGCCCAACUUUCUCAGUGUUGAGACCAGACCUUACGAUGCUGAAACAUAUGAAGAUGAAGUAGAUGAAGAUGAGGUGUUGGACGAGGAAGGCAGAGCUAGGUUAAAACUUCGUGUUGAGAACACAAUCAGGUGGCGCAAGAAGGUGGACGAAGAGGGUAACGAGGUGAAGGACGACAAUGGGCAAACUCUCAGGGAGAGCAACGCAAGAAUGGUUAAGUGGUCAGAUGGCAGCAUGUCCUUACACUUGGGAGAUGAAAUAUUUGACGUGUACUCCAUGCCACUACAAGGAGAUUUCAACCACUUGUUUGUCAGGCAGGGUACUGGCCUGCAGGGUCAGUCCAUCUUCAAGACCAAACUAGUCUUCAGGCCACAUUCCACAGAUUCAUUCACCCAUCGCAAGAUGACCAUGUCUUUAGCUGACCGCACAACUAAGACCCAAAAGGUCAAGAUUCUACCCAUCACUGGACUGGAUCCUGAGGCCAACAGAUCUGACAUGAUGAAGAAAGAGGAAGAGAAACUGCGGGCUUCCAUUCGUCGUGAGAGUCAGCAGAAACGUGUGAGAGAGAGGUCACACACACGAGGGCUGACAUCAUCCUACUUAGAGGGUCGUGAUGAGGAUGAUGAUGAGGAUGAAGAGGCAAUCUCUAUCAGCGCUAUCAAGAACAAAUACAAGCAGAACAAGGACAACAAAAGGGCAAACAUCUACUCAAGCGAUGAGAGCGAGGAGGAGAAGGAGAGCCGUAAGAAGGUCAAGAGGAUCUUAAGUGAUGAGGAAUCUGAAGAAGAAGGCGGGGGUGACCUGAGUGCCAAGAAAAGGAAAGCCAAAGCUUUACUCAGUGACAGCGAGGGGGAGGAGGGGGGAGAGGAAAAGGGAGGAGGCGAGGGGGUGGAAAAUGUGUCUGGUGCUGGGGGAGGAGGUGGGAGUGAUAGCGAUUAGUUGUUAAAUGUUGUGUUUUGAUUGGUUAUUUUAUGUCAACUGUUCUUUGAUUGGUUGGAUAUUUUUAAUAUGUAAUUUGAGCAGCAUUUUGAUUGGUUGAUGUGUGUUUGAACAAAUGGGAGGUAAGAAAGGAUGUGCUAGUUGAGGAGAGACCAGGAGGUUGUUGUGAGCCUGCCUCUGUUAUUUGCAUGUAAAUAAAACUUUUUCUU